AUGGCGGCCGCACUGAAAGCUACUCCAAGCAGCCCCCGCCCUCGAGCGGCGACCACGAUCAUGCCGGCGAUUGCAUCACCUUCCCAACUAGCCCGCAAGAAAUCAAGUUCUGCUCGCAGUCAACGAAGUCCAGUCUUGCAUCAAGGGGAUUCCACGUUGGAGGUGAUGGGAGCUGAGAUUAUGAGCACGGUGCUGGAAGGUCCACUUCGACAUCCGAAACCAAUGUCCCCUUCAGAUCUUCACCUGGCGCUAGAGAGGGAACAGGAGGCAAUGGUAAACAGAUUUACCCGAGAACUCUCUGUUCUCCGGCAGCAGACAGCCUCUGUCGCAUCCACAGCCUCGUCAUCUUCGACUAUGAAUGAUCACUCCGACCCGCACCAAACCUCCCCCUUGCUGGGCAGCUUUGCCCAUUUCCACACCUCCCGACGCCAGCGAUCAUGUUCCAGCCUCAGUGCAUACACUGCUGCCCAGAGCUCGCAGAAUGGCGGCGUCACAGGUAUUGCGCCCUCACGUGAGUCAUCCAUGUCUCACUCUCGAGUGAUGCGGAGCCGCGAACCUUCUCUCACCUCCCGCCGUCCCUCAAUUGGGUCGAUCACCUCCUAUGCGCAGCAGCAUAGCUAUGGAGAUCAAUUGGUGAAUCAUGGUAAGCCACCCAUUUACCGUCACCGCAGUGCGGGCUCGCAGACACAGCUGGCCGAUGCGGCCUCAUACAAGUCCGAAUUGGAGAAUGUCAAGCGAGAGAACGAACAGCUGCGCCGACGAAUUCGAGAUUUGGAGAUCGCGAUGAAGAAGCAGAAGAAGGAGGAAUGA